CAUUGUGGCGCAAGGUGAGGUCGUGCGCGUUGUGUCAUUGAUCUGAGUGAACACACAGUUCCGCAACAUUGUUGUCCUACAUUCAUUCGCGGAUGACGAUGGAACACAACAUCAUGGGCAACUUAUCGGGGAACGCACGCAUUGGGACAGCCAUGAUGGCAAAGGCGCCGCCAUGUGUCGACGGUAGAUACCCAGUGGUGGGCCAGCUGGAUGUUGCUUCGGCCUUUCCGAGAGAGAUUGACGGUGGAGAAUUGUCAUGUUGGUCUCCUGUUCUGAAGAAGGCCUCUCUCACGUGCGUCACCAUGGCCAUUCUGAACAUCCCGUACACGUAUCCCAAGAGCCGGUUGAUACAUGACAUCGACGUGAUGGGCUUGCCGUACAGUGAUUUCCAUUAUCCGGCUGACCGCAAGAGUAAAAACCGGAGUCGAGGGUUUGCGUUCGUCAAAUUCACUACGUUCGAGGCUGCGGACACGUUCCAGAAACUAUUCCAUAACCGUGUUCUCUCGGACCCUGGGAGCCCAGCGAGGAAUGUCAGCGUCUUGCCCUCUGAAUCGUCCACCACUGGCCAGAAGCUUCUGGGAGAUUGUGCUGAUUCUUGCAGUACCACGGCCAGCUGGGAACCCGAGCGCUGGCCGCUGCAGCGGACGGCCGCUCCGCCAGGCCUCCAUCACAGGUGGCGUACCUCGGAGAACCAGGGCAAGGGCAGCGCAGGCCUAUCGGAUUCGUCCAACAUGGAGCACUUGGGAGACGAUGCCGAUUCCUGCAGUGCUCUUUCGGAACCCGAGCGUUGGCCGCUACAGUGUGUGGCGGCACCGCCAGGCCUCCAUCACAGGUGGCAUGCCGCGGAGAACCAGGACAAGGGCAGCGUGGGUCUAUCUGUGUCGUAUGCCGCUUCUGGCCAGCAGCGCCUUGGGAGUCAUGCCGAUGAGUGCGGUGUUGGCUCUGAAUCCGAGCGUUGGCCAGCGCAGCGGUUGGCCGCACCGCCAGGCCUUCAUCACGCGUGGUAUGCUUCGAAGAACCAGAGUAAUUGCGUCGUGGGUCGCUCUGGGUCCUAUACCUCUAGCCAGCAGCGCCUUGCGAGUCAUGCCGAUGACUGCGGUGCUGGCUCGGAGCUCGAGCGUUGGUCGAUGCAGCGGUUGGCCGCGCCGCCAGGCGUCCAUCACAGGUGCCAUGCCCCGAACAACCAGAGCAAUGGUAUCGUGGAUCGUUUGGCCAGUUCAGUCCCACUUUCGAUCUUUGAAGAUGGGACGGUGGUGCUCCAGAGGUUCUCAGUGUGAGAGGCCGGGAGGGGGGAGAGGUAAGCCCGACUUUACUUAGAGCCACUUGGGCCGUGCACAAGCUGCGCAGUGAAACCUGCACGGCUGCGGCAAGUCUGCCCCACACUGGGUGCGUCUUGGCCGAUUCGCUUAUUGGCAGCUACUCUCCAAGGGGAAGGCGAGCUUGUAAGCAGUUUUUGUUCGAGCCGCGCGUGGGCGGCACUGUGCGUCCUCGGUGUCGCAGAAAGUUGCCCCCCAUUCGGAGAGGCCCGACUUGCCUGCACAUCUUCUCCCUGCGGACAUCGGAGGCAGCGAAGCAGCAAACGUUGCCGCGUUUGUCAGAGUGAAGGGGCCGAUUUGUCUUACACUAUCCCAAGGUGUGUGGGUAAAGUGGGGGAAUCCCCAGAAGUGUGUGUCGACCUUUUCACACCUUUUAAGGCCCUGCAACUCUGAACUUCUCAGGGCUGCAUGAGCCUUGGGGCACUCCACUACGUGCUGCAGGCACGUGCGCGUUGGCGAAUUGCUUAGUAGACAAGAAAGGAUUGUUAUUGUUGGAACCCCUGAUCCGCUCCGACGUUCUCGCCUCGGCAUCAGUUGCAUGCCCUUUGAACUUGAGGCGCACACUCAGACGUUUCGGGGAUUAACAUGAAUUAUCAGGUCGUAGAAAGAACCAUACGAUUUGAGUUGACGUGAGAGGCGAUCAUGUCUGGCUCCGAUGCGCCCUGUGCCUAGAUGUUGUCGGACGUUCCUUCAUGUUCAAUGUUCUGCCCGUCAUCUGCAAGUUUUUAUGCAGUAUCGGAUUUGUAGUCCUGCAUCGUACGCAGCACUAUCUUCCCACAAUUCGCCUUGCGUUAAACGCAUGGGUCUUGCGUUGCCAGCUCCACCUGGUCCCCUGUUUGCAGCCUUCGGUGUCCCUGCGGGUUGUCGUUGAGGACUCCUGCGCACGGCAGCGGAGCGUUCACACCUCUGCGCGAAAGCAGCACUACCUGUACCUCCACACGCGAGGCCCAAAUUGUUCUCUCUAGCAAUUGGUAAGGGUUGUUCCUCGUCUUCUGCUCCAAGGGCGUAAGCGCGAGACGUUGUGCCGCUGCGGGAGACCUGGCACCCAGCCACCUGGCACCCAGCCAGCCCCGCGGGCUGCUGUCGAAGACGCCUGCGGCGAACCAAAGCCCACAGCCGCCCCUUUCUCAUGGAAGCGCCUCUGGACCCCCUUCUGGGUCACCCAAGUAAGUGGCCAACGUUGUGCCAAAGUCUGGCCACGCUGUCGGACAGAGUGCUACCCCAGCUGUUGUGGACCUUCUCGGGGAGAGCCUGGGAGAGGAAGAGAGAUGAUGAGGAGGAGGAGGAGGAUGCCUCGCGGUACGGUGGCGGAUUCUUGGUAGGCUUU